AGCUGUCUACGAACCGUCUCAUUUUACAAUGACCGAAUCAAACAACAGUAAUCUAGCUCCUGACUCGAACAUAUCAGUUCCAGUUGUGGAAGAUGGUAGUGGCAAGCCCACUGUGCAGAGCACGACGGAGGUCUCGUCGCCAGUGAAACCUGAUGCCAAAUCUGAUGCAAAAUCUGGGAGUACGGCGACUGGCGCUGUCGAAGCCGCUUCCACGGAGGUGAAAGACGAGGUGUCGAAUGAAGGAGAUCAUAGGCGUGAGCAGCGUCCACGAGUGAGUCUGGUCAUUCCUGACGCGACUGGUGGCUCUGAUGUGUCGACUCACAAGACGUUGAAGCAUCCCAACCGUCUCAUGCCCAAAGGUCUCUCUACGCUAGGCGAUGAGAUGCCUCAAUACACCAGGAGCGUAACCACAGCUAGUGGCUCACAGAGUAGGUGGAAUGCUACUAAGAGGGGAUGGAAUGCUAGGAAGGAUCGCUCCAAAAUUCUCGGCCGAGCAAUGACUCAUCAGGUCGGCUCUAACUACGACAGAGAGCUCCAUUGGCUUAAGCCGUAUUAUCCUUCUGGAAAGGGCGAAAACGACAUUGAGGAGGAGGAGAGUUGGAUCCCUGAUUGGGUUAUGUAUUUCCCAUCUAUGUUCUCAAGUUUCUUGCACGUCAUAGUGAACGAGUUCCCAUGGUUGAUGCACGAGGCAGGCAUUCUGCUGAAGUUUUUCGGCACUGGCUUCCAGGCGUAUAUCAUGUUCAUGCGUCUCAUCGUCUUUGCCAUCCUCAUCAUGCCAGCUGUGGUGAAGGUUGGUAGCUGGUGGACACUUAGUCCUAAUGUGCUCCGUGGAAUACGGUAUGGGCCAAAUGGUCGUAACCAGUUGGAUAUCUAUCUCCCAGCUGAUUACUACUUGGACCCUCCAGAGAAGCGUCGUCAGAAAAAGCUCCCCAUUGUUAUCAAUGUGAUGGGCGGUGCUUGGGUGAUCGGGUUCCGCGCAUGGUCGGCGUGUAUGGGCCGACGUCUUGCCUUUGAGAGAGGCGCCCUCUUUGUGGCCCCCGACUAUCGGAAUUUCCCACAGGGCAAGAUAGAUGACAUGGUCGAAGAUGUCAACAACUGCAUAAAUUGGGUGUUCGAAAAUGCCGAUCGUUAUGGUGGUGACAUUUCCAAUGUGAUUCUCACAGGCCAGAGUGCUGGAGCUCACAUUGUGGCGAUGUUGCUUAUCAACAAGGCGAUCAAGGAGGAGAAAGCUGCUAUCAAGAACGUGGAACUGAACCAGAUGUGGUCACUGAGCAAUAUUCGGGCGUUCGUAGGGAUAUCUGGACCCUACGACAUGGUGUCUAUCGUUCCACAUCUCAACAGUCGAGGACUAUACUCGAACGUUGUGAUGGCUAUGAUGGGCAAUGAUUUGUUCCGAGUCUCCCCGACUAGAAUUCUCUCCGAGUCCACUGGCAGGAGCAAAGCGGCUAUGCACAGGCUUCCUGAAAUAUACCUGUUCCACGGUGAUUCUGACGUUACUGUGCCUAUUGAGUCCUCCGUCCAAUUCAAGAAGGCUCUGCAGUAUUGCGGUGUCCAGCACGUAACCUUCAAAGUCUUACCAGGCUGUGGUCAUUCUGAUCCUAUUGUCGAGUGUCCUAUCCGAGGAGGCAAAGACCCUCUUAUUGAACAGUUGGUGCCAAUUGUCUUCGCGAAGUCGCCUUUGUUACUAGAGAGUCGUGUGGGACAAGCACUCCCGAUGAUGAACACGACCAUUUUGGCUAUCGCGAGUGCUAUCAUGCCCUUUUAACUCCCACCAUUUGUUAUCUUCUCAUUGGACCUAUACAGUAUAGGCUAUACUUGCCUUUAGUAUUGUGUCCGAUAAUAGGG